GCGGACCUUUAAAGUUUCAAUUUUAUGAUAAAAAUUGUUUUCAUAAAUUUUUAUUUUCUUCACGAUUUCAGAUAAAAUUUUAUUUAAAAUAUCUGCAAUAAACAUUCUGUGCGUUAUCAUGGAAAUGCUAGAAACGUGAUCAGAUAUUGCAUAACAUUUUUUAAAAUUUUUUUGAUGCAUUGUUUAUAACCUUGGCAUUAUAAUAGGAAAUAAGUGUAAUUAAUUUUAAUUAGCCGACCUUGAGGCCAAGUCCAAGGCGUUUGCUAUUAAAAAAACCGGCGCGAUGUUAAACACUGGACUGCGUUACACGAAAAUGCAUUUGAAACCUCUCUUACGAAUCACUAGCUUAAACCUACCAAAGCAAAUAGCAAAUGUACAAAGAUUGUCCUGUUUAUGUGGACAAACAUAUGGCGAUCAGAGAAAAAUACUGUAUAGACUACAUUCAACGCAAAGCGAUCAACGAAGGCAGAAGGUUGUUAUUGAGACGAGCACACCGAAAAUUGUGAUAGAGAAGCUGAAAGAUGAUAAGUUAAGUGCGAGUAGUUUAAGUUUGAAUUGGAGGGAAAAGAUAGAUCCGUAUGUUAAGCUCGCUAGAUGGGACAAGCCUAUAGGGGUCUACCUCCUGUAUUUUCCCUGCUCAUGGUCAAUAGCCCUAGCCUCGAUCCCCGGCAAUGUGGAUUUCAACACCACGAUGUAUACCGCUGCACUGUUCCUGGCUGGAGCAGGGCUGAUGAGGGGGGCUGGGUGUACCAUAAACGACUUGUGGGACAGAGACGUUGACGCUAUGGUAGAAAGGACAAAAAAUAGACCACUCGUGUCCGGAGCUGUGUCGCAGACGCAGGCGAUCGGGUUCCUAGCGCUACAGCUCAGUUUGGCCCUAGGCAUCCUAUUGCAGUUGAAUUGCUAUAGUAUUGUACUUGGGGCUAGCAGCAUGCUGCUCGUAGUGACGUACCCGCUAGCGAAGCGAUUCACCCGCUACCCGCAAGUGUACCUGGGCUGCACGUUCAACUGGGGCGCCCUGCUGGGGUACAGCGCGCUGCAGGGCCACCUCGCGUGGGACGUGUGCGCGCCGCUGUACGCGGCCGCGCUGGCCUGGACGGUGCUCUACGACACGAUAUAUGCGCAUCAGGAUAAAUUGGACGACUCCCGGAUCGGCGUGAAGUCGACCGCGCUGACGUUCGGCGAGCGCACCAAGCCGGCGCUGUGUGGCGCGCUGCUGCUCAGCCUCGCCGGCUUCGCGCUCGCCGGACACGCCGCCGGCCUCGCCGCGCCCUACGCCGCCGCGCUCGCCGCCUACGCGGCGCACGCGGCGCGACAGAUAUAUACCCUGAAGCCAGACAACCCGGAAGAUUGCGCGAACAAAUUUAAAUCUAACUCGUGGGUCGGUCUUAUAAUACUGAUGGGCAUUUUAGGCGGAGGCUACAGUAAGUAUGUUGAGAACAGGGGCAAAUUUAGGGGCAACGAGGACAUGAGCUUAACAGAGAGCUGUGUUUUUGGUUGAAUCGGGGGGCUAGAGGCCCCGGAGGCCCCGGUGUAAUUAUGUACUGUUCAAGCCUUUGAUAUGGUAUUGAAGAUGGCGGUAUUAUAACGUGGGGCCCCGUGUAAACUGCGUCUUAUUUAAUAGUGUAAAUGUGGUUAUAGAUGUGCGAAUGUAUUCUGUUACUGGGGCCCCCCAAGUGAGUGUAUAGCAGCAUAGAACUGAGAGGUCCUAGGUUCAGUUCCCGGUGGGGACGCACAAAACGAAAAAUGUCUCGGUCUGACACAGAAGGCUGAUCACCUACUUGUCCAUAAAGAAAAUCGAUCAGUGAAUAUAUAGGUAUAUCAUUUGCCCCAUACCCCACUGGGGGACAUGGGACUUCGCUUAUCAAGAAAGCGUGUAUUUUAAUAGUUUUUUCAUGGAAAAGAAUUAUUUGAUAGCACAUUUAAGAUAAACCUACUUCUGUUAAUGUUUUAUGUUUAAUUAUAAGGCUGUGAUUGAUGUAAAUAGGGUUUCUUUUUUAUGUUCGCCAUAUUGCAGUUUUAUACAUACACUAUUGGUAUGCUCCGUCUUUGCCCGUGGUACAUAUAUAGGCUACCCGCUACUAGCUGCGCCCGCGGUUUCACCCGCGUAAGUCCAUAUCCUGUAGGAAUAUCG